UUGACCAUGGCUGAUCUGAGCCGGUUGGCCAGACAGAGUUAAAGGAAGUGAGGUGCACUUCCUGUGUUAUUAUCUCUACCCACUAAUCUCCUAAUUUUGCCAGUUAGUAAACGUUAGCAUAAAUAUUUAAAAGCUUUGGCGUUAUUGCAUAAUAUACAACGCACACUAAAUAGACGAACUCCUAAUGGUGACUAUAUGAAGAUGAAAUCUGCCAAGAAGUCUUUGCGAAACAAAGCAAAGAGAGGAGAGAAACAACACGAUAUGGUCGUAGUUAAAACUGAAUCUGAAUUAGUGGAAGACUCUCGUGAAGUUUACACUAAUGGAGAUGGUCUCAACAUCCAAAUCAAGGAGGAACCACAUUCACAGGAGAUCAGUGAGCAACACAAUGGAGACGCAUCAAGCUGUUUAGACGCUAAGCCUGACACUGUGGCAUCCAGGUCAGAUGUUCACCAUCAACAGGCACACAUAAAGGAAGAGUGUGACUCUGAUCAUCAGCCAGAAUGUGAAUUCCCUGAAGCUGCUGUCAAGGAGGAGUCGGAGUCAGGGAUUAAAGAGGAGAGAGACGGUGAAGAAGAGGCAGAGGAGGGAGAGGGGAUCUGCACAGAGUCAACGUCUGAGUUCUUUCCAUGUCCUCACUGCACUGUCUCCUUUACUGACUUGGAGUUCUUGGAGAAGCAUGUCAAGUGGGUCCAUCAGAAACAGUAUCUUGCCAAGCUGAAAAAAUGCCUCUCAAGCCGCACACUAAACCUCAUCCCCAAACACACCUGCACUGUCUGCAGCAGCACCUUUAACUCUAAAGUACACCUUAGGGUCCAUGUAGGUGAAGCCCACCCUUCCGCCCCUCCCCGCAGACUCCACCCCUGUCCAACCUGUGCACGCAGCUUCCAGUACCUGAAGAAUCUGAAGAAUCACUGUCAGCGAUGGCACAACAUGUCUGUGGUCACCAGAGGAGGGCAUCUCAGCUGCGCUGACUGUGGGAAGAGUUUCAAAGCUACCUGGGGUCAAGGGCCUCAUUUGUGUCAUGAACCGGAUAACACAGAACCUGAGGAUAAGCCAAUCUGUCUGGACACUGGUGUGCAGUGUUCUGAAUGUGGCAAGAAGCUACGCACGCCUCAAAGCCUGGAGGAUCACAUGCGCACCCACACAGGUGACCGGCCGUUUGUCUGCAAGGAUUGUGGCAGGAGGUUCGUGGAGCGCAGCGGUUGGCGGCAACACAUGAAAAUACACACUGGGGAGAAGCAAUACAAAUGUCAGGUGUGCGGGAAGGCCUUUUUAAGAUCACACCACCUCAAGUGCCACUUAACCACACACUCCGGCAAGAAGGAAUAUUCUUGUUCUGAAUGUGGAAAGGAGUUUGGAUUCAAGUCAAGUCUGGAUCUGCACCUGAGGACGCAUUCCAGUGACAAGCCCUUCCACUGCAAUGUGUGCGGGAAGAACUUUAACACCCAGAGAAACCUGAGGGUUCACACCAAACUCCACACCAAUGAGAAAGCUCACCAGUGCGGGGACUGUGGGCUGAAGAUUGGAGAUCUCGGAGCUUUGAAAAUACACCUGCGGACACACACUGGAGAAAGGCCUUACCACUGCACUGUCUGCGGCAAGAGGUUCAUUCGCCUUGCACAUCUGCGAAACCACCAACGCACCCACACUGGUGAGAGACCCUACCAAUGCACUGAAUGCGACAAGAGUUUCACUCAGUCCGGCGACCUGGUGAAGCAUAAGAGGAUACACUCUGGGGAAAAGCCCUUUGAAUGCCCAGACUGCCACCGCCGUUACACCUCCUCUGGUGAUCUUGGCAAGCACAGAAGGAGUCACACUAACCUGCGUCCCUACACAUGUCAAGAAUGCGGAAAAAGCUUUCGCUUGUCAGGCCAUUUGAAAACUCACAUGUUAACUCACACAGGGGAGAAGCCAUAUUCCUGCCCCAACUGCCUCCGCAGGUUUGCUCGCUCUCACCAUCUUUCUGGGCACGUGGCUAAAUGUCGCUGAGCUUUCUUGAGAGGACUGUAAAUAUGCUAAGUUGAUUUCAUGUAGUAACUUUUGGAGCUGUAUACGGUCUACUGUUAGAUUUUUUUAAUGAAUGUGUUAAUUUCAAAACUAGUAUCUGUAUAUAAUUAUUUAUAUGAACUUUCCUUAACCCUCUUGACUCAGAUGACUGUUUUAACUUAUUAUAAAAAGUUAUUUGAGCACAUGAUUCGUGUUUGAUAUUGCAUGGAACUUGAUUUUUCCAGGGUAGGUAAACUGGUUUUACAGACACUAUUACAAUGGAGUUUUGAGGACAUGAUAUGAGGCAGAGUUCAGUGGGACAUGCAGAUAAUGUGUUGUUCAUUUUCUCCACAAAUCAUGUAUUAUUUGUGAAAAUGUAAUAAAUUAUUUGAUGAAUGCAUGAA